AUGAAUCCCUCUGAGUCAAAGAACAGUGAUGGACUCUCAUGGAUCUCUUCCUUAAAGAAUCAGAACAGCAAAGAGCUGAACAAUUUCCAACUGAGCCAGCCCAAUACCUUCCGGAAGAGGAGUUCAGAGAUGUUUCCUCUAGAGGAGGGAGUGGGGAAGGAACAGGGACAUAGUUUAGAGAUUGGCCCAGAUGAUCAUCUGGCCAGUGAUCAAGAUGGGCCUUCAGAUAAUGGUCUAGGCUGUGACUCUGAGACAGACACAGUAAAUAACUCAGAGAGUCUGUCCAGGAAUAAUUCAAGAACCUCAGUGCUGAGCCUAGAUCAGAACCAACUUAAGGAUGCCAUGGAAAUAAAUUUGAACAAGAAAUUUGAGGAACUCAGUGAAGGUCAGACUCCUAGCGCUGUGCGUAGUUCACAGCAGUCUAUGGAGAUGACCUUGCCUCCACCUGAGAAACCCCCUGUGAUAAAGCAGAGUGAUUUGGCACCAAUGAUGGGCAAAGGCAGUGACCUGAACAUUCCCAAGGAUAUCUCCCUCCCUGAUUCCAAGAAACGAAAGAUUUUGGAAGACCAUAUUAAACUUUUUCAUAUGAGGAUGAUUAGUGGCCUUCCUCAGAGGGUCCAGGAAUCAAUAAAUAACUUUAAUGUAAGAGGAGGCAAUCUCAGGCUUGUCCUGACUUCAACUUUCCAUCUUCUACCACCCUAA